UACACACUCAAGCUUACAGCAGUUAGAGUGAGUUUCCCUUCGAGUCAAGUCGCGCUCGUUAAUAAGGUGCCAGUGAAACUGUAAUUGUAAUUCAACCGUCGUUCUACGGAGGAUAUCAGAAUGAGCAACGAACACUCCGAUCUUAAAUUUUCUCGAUCUUCUUCAAGCCUCGAUCAUAAUAACGUCUUGCUGAUGAAUCAGGGAUCAUUAGUCGCCGCAAAUGAAGAUCAUUCAGCUGACGUUGUGGCUUCACCAGUCCAUCCAAUAAUGGAUCCCAACGAGAAUCCGACUGAUAACUCGAUGACAGCAACAGCAUUGGUGCUUGGUUUGGGAUCAGCUGUGCUCUUUCUUUUGUUAGUGGUCUACGUCGUUGUGAAAGUUCAUUUUUGUAAAAAACAAACAUCGAAGAAAAAAAUGUCAACUCCAAGCCACGAGACAAUAAUAAAGAGUUCACCUCUUCCAACUGUUUCAUCUAUUAUUCAAAAUCAAAAUACAUUUUCCUUAAACAAUGACUCGACUUCACAUUCAGUUGACAAUGCAAAUCAGCAAUCAGGACUGGAUAUCUAUCGGAUUCACUCGUUAGGGUUCAGUAGCCAAUCUCCUCCUGAACCAACGCUAACGGAUAAUGCGACUCAGGCUCGUUUGACCGGAGCUAGAUUUUUGCCGGGAAAUUAACCAACGACAAUAUAAACGAACGUUUCAAGAUUAUGAUGACAACAAUUAAACAUGCAUUUUUAGUAAACGCUGUGUAAAUAGUUACAAUUUAUUUCCGUGUCGGUAAAAAUGGUUUACUAAUCUACUUCUAGUGCUAAGUACUAUGUUAAAGGGUUUGAAAGAAACGUUAUAUUUAAACAUAUGAGUACGGCUAAAUUUUGUAAUCUUAUCUUAUCAUUCUUAGAAGCAAAAAAUAGUUAUUUUUCCAUUAAUUAAUAGAAGUAGUUUUAAAACCUUAGUAAACAUUGCUAACGUUUCUAGUGUCCACUUCACAUUCAUUCAUUAUUCAUAAACGGAUUGGGGAAAAA